AUGGAACUCAGCGACUUCACCAAAUACUACAGGAUACUCGGUCUCCCGAAUCAUGCAUCAUUAAAAGAGCUGGACGAGAGAUAUUUUGAACUCGUAGAAUACUGGACCAUGAAAGCUCGAGGAUCCAACGACAAGAGCGGGCCAAAGCUAGAACUGCACCUUAUCGACCAAGCUUACAAGGUCAUCCUGUCAAAGGCCAUGAGAGAGAACGAAGCGACGCGCAAGCCAGCACCGUCGACAUACACGAUGAAAGAUAUCUCGCAAGGUCAAGAUCGAAUAAUAAGGUCUUGUCUCGACAAUGGGGAGUCGUGGAACCCACCGCCCGAGGAGAGGUCCCCAUCACCCCAGUUUGAGGAUAUACCUCAAGAGCGGUCUCCAUCACCCCAGUUUGAGGACAUUUCGGACAGACUUAGAGCCGGACCUGUUGAACAAGAGCCAGAGGAUUGUUUAGGAACCGCGCCAGGGUUUUCGAUCAGCGAGAUCUCAGGCGAACUGCAUCACGCUCCGGACAGGGCGGUCAUCGUCCAUGCUGUCAACUGCCAGGGAGUUUGGGGAUAUGGAGUUGCACUGUACCUCAAAAGACUGUAUCCAGAAGCAUUCAAGAUCUACAAGGCGCACUGCGAAUCCGCAAAUCGACCGUACGACCUCAUUGGAACUUGUUUGCUUAUCCCUCCGCAACCAUCGGACUACGAAAAAGAGAUCAGGAUGAGAUUGAAGGGAACGGCGAAUAUCAUUCCUCUGGGGCAAUCAGUUUUCAGGCCACGGCGUUGGAUCGCCUGUCUAUUCACAAGCAUCGGUUACGGCAAGCCCAACAUGAAAACCAACAACCCUGGAAAGGAUCCGCCAAACAAGAUCAUCCCUAAUACACGAAUGGCCCUCGAAGAACUCAGAGUUCGACUUGAAGACUACGGUCCCUCGAAUUUUAACCCUAGAACCGCGUGGAAAACUGAGGGCGAUAAACCAGGUGAGAUCUGGAGCCCGAAAUUCAACAGCGGCGCAUUCGGGGUGGAUUGGGAGGAUACUCGCAUGGUGAUCGACGAGGAGUUUGAGGGAUUCGAGCGGCCUUGGACUGUGGUGAAGUUCAAUAAAAGUGAAUACGGAUCUCCGGAUGAUGAUGGCGAGAACGAUAUUGACGAACGCAGAAACACCAGAGAGUGCUACGGGCUGACCUGUCAGGUGUAA